AUGGAAGAAGCGACCAAAGAGGAUAAAAUUUGGAGGUUUGACCCAUUUCUAUCCUGCCUACCCUUCUGUUCCACACAAAAUGUUGAUAACAAUGCGCGUCACGUUGAUGUCCCGAAGGUUCAGGCCACUGGCCACGUUAUUGCCGCAGGACACCCAGACGACCAAAAAUUUGUCAUUCGAAUGGAAGAAGCGACCGGAGACGAUAAAAUUUGGGGGUUUGACCCAGAUCUAUCUUGCCUAUUAUUCGGUGCCUCACAAAGUGUCGAUAACAAUUCGCGUCGCGUUGAUGCCCCCAAGGUUCAAACUACUAGCCACGCCAGUGCCCAACCAUUCCAACCUGAAAAAAAGAUUGCUGAGACCAGAGGAGCUUCCCUUCCCCUCCAUGAACGUACAGCUACUGAAGAAUUACAAAACCAAUGA